UUGCAAUUACUUUCAAAAUAUGGAAAGUUUCUAAUUACCACUCAAUAUUUGUAUAUUCACUUAAAUUACCCUAAAUUUUAAUAGUUUUCCUUUAUUCAUUGAACUUAGUAUUUUUCGGAUGUUUUUCAUAUGGUAAAUUUUUUUGUAUAUAUAUAUAAGGAUUAACAAAUAGAACCGAGAAAGAAUAAACAAAAACAUAUUGCAUAACAUAAAAGUCUUGAGAAAUUGUGUUUGUUGGUCUUGUCCGAUGUUCAAUUCCGAAGAAGAGCAACCCCGUGCGAAGAAGAGGAAGGAAGAGGCAGAACGGUCUCUGGAAUCGUGCUUGACAGAUGAUUUGGUUCUGAACUGCGUGGCUAGAGUCUCGAGAUCAGAUCUCGCGACCUUAUCUUUGGCCUCCAAGAGCUAUCGCUCUCUAGUAGCGUCGCCUGAUCUCUACAAGAUCCGAUCGCUGAUUGGUCGCACCGAAACACACAUCUACGUAUGCGUACGAACCCCAGGUCCCGACCCGACACUAGGCUGGUAUAUCCUCCGCCGUAGCGAAACCUCGUCUGGUCUGAUUCCAAUCCCUUCCUCCUCCUCCUCCGCUCUCCCUCUGGAAGGAUCCUCAGUGGUGGUUCUGGACUGGGGGAUUUACGUAAUCGGUGGAUUUAUUAUUACAAAGGGAGAGGAGAAGCGCACUGGGAAUGUAUGGCUAUUGGAUUGUCGGACUCACACUUGGCGACGUGUCCCUUCCAUGGGAGUAGGUCGAGCCUACGGGGCAGCUGGCGUUGUAGACGGGAAGAUUUACGUGUUCGGAGGAUAUGAUGUCGUCGAUGAUCAUUGGGGACAAGUGUUCGACCCGAAGACUCAGACUUGGGAUACUUUGCCGAUGCCGAAAGUCAACAAUAAGAAUAUCCACGACAGUUUUGUGAGGGAUCAUAAGGUUUACGCGGUGGAUGGAAUGGAUAGAACCUAUUACUACUCGCCGAGGGAAGGUAAAUGGGGAAGUGGGAACCGUGGUGAACAGAAAGGAAGCCGAAGGGAUUGGUGUAUGGUUGAUAACUUGAUUUAUUGUCUUAGUAGAAACGGGACUGUGUUUUGGUGUGAGCCGGAUGAGUUGGAUUUGCUUCGUGGUGAGGAGAUGAUGAAUACAAAGGAGGUCAAGGGUUUAGGCUCCUCUCUGAAAACGAGUCUCUUGCUUUCAAGAGUUGUCCACGUUGGUGACCAGAUCCUACAUCGUUGGGAACAAACUAAGAUCAGGAAUGGACAUCCUCCAAAUAAGAAGAGCAAGCUUGGUAGAAUCGGAGAGUUGGAAGAUUUAAUUCCAGGUGCCAGACUGAUCAACUCUGGUGGUGGCAACAUUGUGCUCUUCUGGGAUCACUUGUCGAUGGAUAGUCUUGAGAUUUGGUGUGCGGAGAUUUCCUUGGAGAGACGCCAAGGCGAUGAGAUUUGGGGCAAAACUGAGUGGUCUAGUGUUGUCAUGACCUUUGAACCUUGGCCAAACCACUACAAGGAACAAAUACCAAUUGGCUCAGCAGAAGUUCGAGCUACUUUCAGCAGUGGAAGCGGUCGUGUGGCUGGAUGCAUGGUGAACGAAGGGAAGUUUGUCAAAGAUUGUGGUAUCAGGGUGAUCCGGAAGGGUAAGACUGUACAUGUCGGUGUCCUUGAUUCUCUUAAGCGAGUUAAAGAAAAUGUGAAAGAGGUGAGUGCUGGAUUAGAAUGUGGUAUCGGUAUGGAUGACUAAGACGACUGGAUGGAAGGAGACACCGUCUAGGCCUUUAAAACGUGGUUCAAAAGAGGAUUCGACCAGAUAAGAGUUAAAGCUAAAAAGACAAGAGCCUUGUUUAAGCUCGUUUCAGCAAAUCUUUUGCAGACGCCGUAAUCGACUUGAUGAGUUCUUCAUCGUCACCCUGCAACGCGGCCUCGAGCGUAACCCUAGCAUGGUCAAUGGCAACUUGAGCAUUCACAAGAUUCUGUAGUGUCAGAGCGGCUUCGUCCCUCGUGGAAAGCUCGUUUACUCCGAAUUCAAUGUCGACGACAUCACCACCGGCGGCUCCCGCGGCUCCAGCUGCGUUGUCGACGACGGCUACGCCUCCAGCACCGA